AUGGUGGACGGGCCAUCAGCAUCCUCUAAGAGCCUGUGGUUUGGCUUGCUCUGCAUAGGGAAAAUGCCCCAAAGAAAAGGCUUGGGGAACCACACCGUUGGAUCUGGAUUCAUUCUCCUGGGAUUUUCUGACCACUCCAGCCUGCAGGGCCUGUGCUUCACCGUAUUCCUGCUCAUCUACCUCGUGGUUCUCACAGGGAACAGCCUGAUUGCACUCAUCACAGUGCUGGACUCAAGCCUCCACAGCCCCAUGUAUUUCUUCCUGAGGAACCUGUCCUUCCUGGAGAUCUGCUACACGUCAGUCACUCUGCCAAAAAUGCUGGUGGGUUUCCUGAUGGAAGAUGGCAGGAUCUCCUUCCUUGGCUGUGCUGCCCAGCUCUAUUUCCUGGUUUUGUUGGGCAGCAUCGAAUGCCUUCUCCUGGCUGCCAUGGCCUAUGACCGCUACAUAGCCAUCUGUGACCCCCUGCACUACACCCUCAUCAUGAGCAGGGGUGUCUGCAUCAGACUGCUGGUGGGGUCGUGGGUGGUCGUCGUACCAGUGCAAGUAGGACAGACCUACCAGGUGUUCACUUUGCCCUUCUGUGCAUCCCGGGACCUUCACCACUUUUUCUGUGAUGUCCCCCCUCUGCUGGAACUGGCCUGUGCAGACACUUUCUGGAACCAAGUGAUGCUGUACACCAUCAUCCUGGUAUUUGCGAUCCUUCCCUUCUCCUUCAUAGUUAUUUCUUACAUGAAAAUUAUCAGGGCAAUUCUGAAAAUACCUUCAGUUCUGGGCAGACACAAAGCCUUUUCCACCUGCUCUUCACACCUCGGGGUGGUNACGCUCUUCUAUGGCUCAGCCACGGUCAUCUACUUAAAGCGACGGUCAAGGGAUUCUGUCGACCCUGACAGGUACCUUGCCCUGUUUUACACAAUUGUGACCCCCAUGUUUAACCCUGUCAUCUAUAGCCUGAGGAACAAGGAAGUGAGAAUUGCCUUGAAGAGCCUCCUAUGGACAAAGUGA